GGCCCGCCCGGACAGCUCUUCUCGCCGCGGUCGCCGCCUGAGCCAUAAAACCAACCGCCGCCGGCCACGGCGUGUUUUGCCACGUGCCGGAGGCGGAAGUCAGACGCCGCCUAUAGCGGAAGUGAGACGCCUGCUCAGCGAUGGCACUCCAGUAGCAGCGGCGGCAGCUCCUUUCUCUCCCCACCCCGCCUCAUCCGUCGUCGGGACCUGGUGGCGCGGCCAUGGCCAGGGGCCAGACGGCGGCGGUCACGGCCGUGAGCGGCGGGAGACAGGCGCUGCUGCUGCUGCGGCCGCGCGGGGCCGAGGGCUCCCUCUCGCCCGCUGCCGCCGGCUCCUCACGUGACCGUCGCGCGCCCCUCGCCCCCGCCCGCCGCUGCCUCGGCGACUGGCAGCGCCCGGCCGCGCCGCCGGGCCCCCGGGCGGCCGUUACGGCCGUUAACGGCAGGGCGGGGUGGUGGAGAAGGCGGGUCGGCGGGACCGGCCGGGAGAACCGGCGGCGCUGCGGGGAGCGGGAUGUAAGCACCUCUGUGUCAUCAUCUUUACAAAGCAAAGAGAAUAUUUCCUUAUUGGGAAAUAGGAGACUUUUUUUUGACACUCAUGCGCUGGUAUGCCUCUUGGAAGAAAAUGGGUUCACUACUCAGCAGUCGGAGGUCAUUGUAUCUGCAUUAGUGAAAAUUAUGAACACCAACCUGGAUAUGAUUUACAAGGACAUGGUCACCAAAGUACAGCAGGAAAUUGCACUUCAGCAAGUAAUGUCCCAUAUUGGUGGCGUGAAAAAGGACAUGAUUAUUUUGGAAAAAAGUGAAUUUUCAGCACUUCGUUCAGAAAAUGAGAAAAUAAAACUUGAACUCCAGCAGAUAAAGAAGCAAGUCCUGGAUGAAAUUACCAAAGUUCGUGCAGAUAACAAGUUAAACCUAAACCUAGAGAAGAGCAGAGUAAAAGAAUUGUACUCACUUAAUGAAAGAAAACUACUUGAAAUGAGGACAGAAAUAGUGGAGUUGCAUGCGCAACAAGAUCGAGCUUUGACCCAAACAGACAGGAAAAUAGACACAGAAGUUGCAGAUCUGAAAACAAUGCUCGAAUCGCACAAGCUUGAUAAUAUUAAGUACUUAGCAGGUUCAGUAUUUACAUGCCUUACUGUAGCGCUGGGAUUUUACCGUUUAUGGAUAUAAGAAAACAUCAAUUUAAAGGGACUUCCACUGUCUUGGUUUCUGAAAAAAAGAAGUUUUAUCUUUGCCUGGACUCUAACCAAGUCUUGACUGUUUUAUUUAUUACUUUUUUUUUUGUAAAGCAGACUGGAUUGAGAAUGUAACCAAAGAUGUGCCUAGAAACAAACUGUACGCAUACCGUGCAUAUUCUGAAAUUUACCUCUGAUGAAAGAAUGGUAUACGCAUUUCUGCCUUUCCCUCCAUUCUGAACUGCAGUACACCGUGCUGCUACAAAGUGUUGCAUGAGCAAAGACUGGCAUUCGUACCAAUGGUAUGGGGCUGCAUGCUGUGGAGAAGAACCUAUGGAAUUAUGUUCCAUUGCCUAUUCAGGCACGUAUGCCGGAGUCAGUUGCACAUAUCAGACUGAAGCCUUGAUUAUUAAUGUAAAACUGAAACUACACAUUUUUGUGGCUUGGAGGCACUCUUGUAUAAGUAGAAUUUGUGUUAACUGAAUCAUGCUUACUUCCCUCCUUCUAACACUUGUUCAUACAGUUACUAUGAUCAAAUAUUUGUUUUGCUAUUUUUAUAACAUUAUAGGUAUCAGCUUGUUUUCCAGAUGGCCGUCCAAUCAGUCAUUUUUCAUGAAAGUACUGUGUAAUGAUAGCAGUGUUUGCUGCUAGUUUUGUUUGUAGUAUAUUUCUAGAGGUUUUUGUGACUAACUUGCCUUUGGUACACGUAAGUAUCUGAUACUCAUUCCAUAUGCUAAUUGUUAACUUUUACCACUGUAACUGGAAGUUUGAAAUGCAGUAAUAUACACUAGUGUUAAUUUACGCUAAGUGAUAUGAAGUGUCUCUGGUGCUGCCUUCUUGAUGGAAGAGAAUUGAUGCUUCUAGAAAGGAAAGGGCUUUUAAAUGGUGGUUAUGAAGCAGCGUUGUAGGCGAGGGAACCGCAGUACUGACAGUCUUCUGGGUUUUUUGUUGUUUUACUUUUUAAAAAAAAAAAAAAAUCCUGUUGAUUCUUCAAAUGUGGAACUUUGAUGGUGGUUAUAACAAUGAAAGCAGUAAUGGAGACCUGCAAGGAUGUUUAACCCAGUUCUGAGCAAGCCUGUGUGAACUAGUAAGGGCAGCUGAAAGCAAUGAAGGCAGGCAUCCAGCAUAUCCACAUAUCCGUCAUUCUUCCACUGAUGAAAUAACUGCUUUAGUAGCAAAGCUGCCACCUGUGUUCCUUCAGUUAAGGGAAAUUUCUCUUUCUUGCUUGAUCUUAGGAGGAGAGAACAAUCUAUGCACUGGUAAUAAAUGCUGUUAGAGCACAAUUACGGCUUUCCUUAAUGAAAGUAAAGCUGUUUGGCUACUUUGUGCCUGUACUGUAACGACCAUUUAACUUUUGGUGGUUGGGAGUGCCAACUUUGAUCAUGUGCAAGUGCAGAGGAAGAAAUGGACGCCUGUAACAAUGCUAUGCUGGCCUGAAAUAAAGAAUUUUCAA